AUGACCUACGAAGCAUCAAAAGCCACGUCAUACUUGAAAGACUACCCUAAAAAGGAUGGGUUAUCAAUCAAAGAGUUGAUUGAUUCUACCAACUUUGGUGGUUUGACCUACAACGAUUUCUUAAUCUUGCCUGGUUUGAUUACAUUCCCAAGCACCAACGUGAGCUUGGAAAGCAAGUUGACCAAAAAGAUCACGUUGAAGACUCCAUUCGUUUCGAGUCCUAUGGAUACCGUCACUGAAGAAAACAUGGCCAUCCAUAUGGCUUUGUUGGGUGGUAUUGGUAUCAUUCAUCAUAACUGUACCGCUGAGGAACAAGCUGAAAUGGUUAAGAAGGUUAAGAAGUAUGAAAAUGGUUUCAUCAACGACCCAAUCGUUAUUUCAGCGGAUGUUACUGUUGGGGAAGUCAAGAAGAUGAAGGAGAUUAUGGGAUUCACCUCUUUCCCAGUCACUGAAAAUGGUAAAGUUGGAGGAAAAUUGCUCGGUAUUGUCACCUCUCGUGAUGUUCAAUUUCAUGAGGAAAACAGGGACCCAGUUUCAAAGGUGAUGACCACUGAUGUAAUCACUGGAAACCAAGGUAUCUCCUUAACUGAAGGUAACGAAAUUUUGAGAAAGUCCAAGAAGGGUAAGUUGCCAAUUGUUGACACUAACGGCAAUUUGGUCUCUUUGAUUUCAUUGACUGAUUUGCAAAAGAACCACGAUUUCCCAAACGCUUCUAAAUCCUUCCACUCCAAACAAUUAUUGUGUGGUGCAGCUAUUGGGACAAUGGAUGCUGACAAAGAAAGAUUAGACAAAUUGGUCGAAGCAGGCUUGGAUGUUGUUGUCAUUGAUUCUUCAAACGGUUCAUCAACUUUCCAAAUCAACAUGCUCAAGUGGAUCAAGGAGAAAUACCCAGAACUUCAAGUUAUCGCUGGUAACGUUGUCACUAGAGAACAAGCUGCAUUGUUGAUUGAAGCUGGUGCUGAUGCUUUAAGAAUUGGUAUGGGUUCUGGUUCAAUUUGUAUUACACAAGAAGUCAUGGCUUGCGGUAGACCCCAAGGUACUGCAGUCUAUGGAGUUACUGAAUUUGCCAACAAAUUCGGCGUUCCGUGUAUAGCUGAUGGUGGUAUUGGAAACAUUGGUCAUAUUUCCAAGGCUUUAGCUUUGGGUGCCUCAUGUGUAAUGAUGGGAGGAUUGUUAGCCGGUACUUCGGAAACUCCAGGAGACUACUUUUACAGGGACGGCCAAAGAUUGAAGGCUUACAGAGGAAUGGGAUCCAUUGAUGCAAUGCAACAAACGAGCACCAAUGCCAAUGCAUCCACAUCAAGAUACUUUUCGGAAACCGACAAAGUCUUUGUUGCACAAGGUGUUAGUGGAUCUGUCAUUGACAAAGGUUCCAUCACCAAGUUCAUUCCAUACUUGUACAAUGGUUUGCAACAUUCAUUACAAGACAUUGGUAUUCAAUCUGUUAAAGAGUUGAGGGAAAAGGUGGAUGCAGGAUCUGUCAGAUUUGAAUUUAGAACUGCCUCUGCCCAAUUCGAAGGUGGUGUCCACGGCUUGCACUCGUACGAAAAGACUUUACAUAAUUAG